GGAUGAAGCGGCGGCUAGCUAGAGUAGUUCCGCUCUGGGGCGGAAGUGGCGGGAGUGGCUCGGCCGCUGAUCUGCCAAGAUGAUGGUGGUACCUGUGCUCCAGGUGUCUCAUGUCUUUUGCUGCCCGAACCAGGUUCGAGGAGCUUUGAGUUGGAAUUCCGGGCAUGGAGGACAACUGGCCUUCGGCACGUCCUGCUCCGUGGUUCUCUAUGACCCUAAGAAAAAGGUGGUUCUUAACAAUCUGAAUGGUCACACUGCUCGAGUCAAUUGCCUGCAGUGGAUACGUAGACAGGAUGGCUUCCCUUCCUCUGAAUUGGUGUCUGGAGGAGCCGACAGUCGAGUGAUUCACUGGGAGAUAGUGAAUAAUCAGGUUUUAAAAGCAAUCCGUCUCCAAGGCCAUGAAGGACCUAUUUAUGCCGUGCAUGCUAUUUACCUGAAUGGGCCAUCCGAUGGUGCGCUGCAUGCUCUGAUAGCUUCUGCAGCUUCAGAUUCUACAGUUCGACUGUGGUCUAAAAAGGGGUCGGAAGUAAAAUUCCUUCAGACCUUGAACUUUGGAGAUGCAUGUGUUCUGACUGUCUGCCUGUCUAUUUUGCCUGGUAUUAAUGUACCAAUAUUAGCGUGUGGUGAUGAUGACUGCAAAAUUCACUUAUUUGUUCAACAGGAUGACCAGUUUCAGAAAAUGCUUUCUCUCUGUGGGCAUGAGGACUGGAUAAAAGGAGUAGAUUGGGCAACUUUUGGUAGAAACCUUUUCCUCGCAAGCUGUUCACAAGAUUGCCUAAUAAGAAUAUGGAAAGUGUGUAUGAAACCAACGUCUUUAGAAACUGAGGAUGAUGGUAUAAGACUGAAGGAAAAUACUUUCACUAUACAGGACGGAGGUAUCAGCAUAACUGUUGCGGUUACCCUGGAGACCCUGCUGACUGGACACGAAAACUGGGUAAACUCAGUUCAUUGGCUGCCUGCGUACUACGAAGAUGGUGUCCUGCAGCAGAAGGUGAGAUUGCUGUCUGUCUCCACGGACAAAAGCAUGAUUCUCUGGGGUCCAGAAGAAGACUCCGGGGUUUGGUUAGAACAGGUCCGAGUAGGUGAAGUAGGUGGAAAUACCCUGGGAUUUCUCAAUUGCCAGUUCGGAGAGAAUGGCACCAUGAUCAUCGCUCAUGCGUACCACGGAGCACUGCACCUUUGGAAGCAGAGUACAGUGAACCGAAAACGGUGGGUUUCAGACAUUGUCAUUUCAGGACACUUUAGUGGUGUUCAAGACCUAAUAUGGGAUCCAGAGGGAGAAUUCAUCAUCACCACUAGUACGGAUCAGACAACUCGCCUUUUUGCUCCAUGGAGGAGGAAAGGCCAGUCACUGGUGACUUGGCAUGAGAUUGCAAGGCCUCAGAUACAUGGAUAUGACCUGAAAUGUUUAGCGUUGAUUGAUCGGUUUCAGUUUGUGUCUGGAGCAGAUGAAAAAGUUCUUCGUGUUUUUUCUGCUCCUCGGAAUUUUGUGGAGACUUUUUCUUCCAUUGCAGGGCAUCCACUGAGUAACCUGAUUUGUGAUCAAGACGAAGCGAUUCCCGAAGGUGCCACUGUCCCUGCACUGGGGCUGUCAAAUAAAGCUGUCUUUAUGGAAGACCUGGCCCCUCAGUGUACUCAAGAGGAGCCGUUCUUAACUAGCCAUGUCUUUGGGCAGAUCGAGAUGACCUUUCAGCCUGCCGUCCUUUCUGAACCUCCGCCUGAGGAUCAUCUUCUGCAGAACACAUUGUGGCCUGAAGUUCAGAAACUGUAUGGACACGGCUAUGAGAUAUUUUGUGUUACUGUAAACAAUUCAAAGACGCUGCUUGCCUCUGCUUGCAAGGCAGCUCAGAAGGAACAUGCAGCUAUCAUUCUUUGGAAUACAACAUCUUGGAAACAAUUGCAGAGUCUUGUUUACCACACCUUGACUGUCACACAGAUGGCCUUCUCACCUGAUGACAAGUUCUUACUGGCUGUUUCCAGAGAUCGAACCUGGUCUUUGUGGAAGAGGCAGAGUGUGACCUCCCCCGAGUUCGACCCAGUUUUCAGCCUCUUCGCAUUCACCAAUAAAAUCACUUCUGUGCACAGUAGAAUCAUCUGGUCUUGUGACUGGAGUCCUGAUAGCAAGUUUUUCUUCACUGGAAGUCGAGACAAAAAGGUGGUCGUCUGGGGUGAGUGUAACUCUAGCGAUGACCUCGUGGAGCACAGCAUUGGCCCCUGCUCCUCUAUCCUGGAUGUGGGCAGUUCUGUGACAGCUGUCAGUGUCUGCCCUGUGCUGAACCCAACCCAAAGAUACGUGGUUGCAGUCGGAUUAGAGAGUGGGAAGAUUUGUUUAUUCUCCUGGAAAAAGUCCAAUCAAGAAGUCAAUGACUGGAUCCAGUGUGUAGAAACAAGUUCAAGCCAAAGUCACACGCUUGGUGUCAGAAGGCUGUCCUGGAAGAACUGCAGCAGGAGGAACACUCAGCGGAGAGAGAGCACUGAGUGGUUGCAGUUCGCAAGCUGUGGCGAAGAUCACACUGUGAAGAUUUUCAGGGUUCACAGAUGUGUGCUGGCAGACUUCACAAACCGGGGGCACUCCGCCAUCCCUGAUGCGUCCUAAAAUGUCCGUGUGUGAAUCGAUCCCCUUUCUUUACCUUCAUGGUUGAAUGAGUUUCCCUAUCUGGGUCUCAGUCCCUCCACUAUCCUAUGAAGGCUCUGGAUGCUUUCCCUUGUUAUAUAGUACAUCUAUAAACCCCCAGAACCCUUGUGCAUGCUGUUAGAGACAAUUAGAUGUACCUCUGUGUGUUCCAGAUUGAGAACAUUUGUUCUUCAUGGCUAUAUUUGUCUGAUUUUGCAUUAUGUUGAGUCUUUAGCUCUCUCGUGUCUGUUUGGUGUUAUAACAAAAUGCUAGCGGAUGGGAACUCAGCAUAGAAAAAACCAGGGUUCUGGAGUUCAAGAGCAUGGCCCUGGAAUCUGCUUGGUUCUGGUGAGGGCCUUGUGGGUGGGAUGACAGUAGUGAGCAAUGUGUCUGGAGCAGGGAGAUCACAUGAUGGGACAGGAAGCAAGAGCGUUUGAGGGGAGGUACCACUUUGCUUAAAACUCUCUAAUGAGCCGGGCGGUGGUGGCGCACGCCUUUAAUCCCAGCACUCGGGAGGCAGAGCCAGGCGGAUCUCUGUGAGUUUGAGGCCAGCCUGGGUUAUCAAGUGAGUCCCAGGAAAGGCGCAAAGCUACAGAGAAACCCUGCCUCGAAAAACCAAAAAAAAAAAAAAAAACAAAAAAAACAAAAAAAAAACAACUCUCUAAUGAGAAUGCACUCCCUGUUAAAGGCCUGAUCACAGGUUCCCCUGCUGUCAACAUCACCACACUAGACAGUAAGCUUCCAGCAGGUGGACUUCUGGAGUCUACACUCAGACGGUGUGCAAAGCACCUUCUUUGAGAUACUUUCUUAUUUAUCACUUUCUUCAGAGGCUGGGGGUAGAGGAAAUAACAGAGAAGCCCAGAGUGUUCAAUUUUUAUUUUUACACUCCCUCUAAAUGAGCACACCACACAGCGUGCAGUCUUGACCUCUUCUUCCUACCAGCUGCCAAGUAUUCCAGAACUUGGCUGGUGAUUGUAAGCUUGGGCUCAGCCAUUUCCUUCCUUCCCUUAAAGAAAAGCAUUGAAAUUCUUUUAAAAGCUUCAAAUGGGGCUGGAGAGAUGGCUCAGUGGUUAAGAGCACUGGCUGCUCUUCCAAAGGUCCUGAGUUCAAUUCCCAGCAACCACAUGGUGGCUCAUAGCCAUCUGUAAUGAGAUCUGGUGCCCUCUUCUGGCCUGCAGGCAUACAUGUAGGCAGAACACUGUAUACAUAAUAAAUAAAUCUUUAAAAAAAUAAAAUAAAAUAAAAGCUUCAAGUAUCAUUUCCAGAUGCAGAUAAAUUAGAGGCUGGACAAUAAGCGACCCGAGUUUAGAUGACAGCUGAUGUCAAUGAGAGUGAAGGACGUGCGUCCUCAGGGAGACUGCAGAGGGAAACGAGGGGCUGGAGACAUCGGGAUGUGGAAGGCCAGUAAUAGUGCGAGCUUGGGAGAGGUUUGGGGAAGAUGUGGGUCUGCAGAUGGCUGCAAGGCUGAGACUCAACAUGGCACGAGCAUCACUUCGACAGCUGCUUAUAAACUGAUAACUGGUCCUGGUCCUAGAGUUUUGCAUUUGUUGGAAGUUGGGAGCCUGAGACAAUAUUUGAAACAAAUUCCAAGGAACACCAGCCCCGAUCUUGACAGCACUCCUGUCAUACUGUGACCUCAGCCCUCAGCUCUCCCUCCCCACCCCACUCCUGCACCAUACAUCCACAUCCACUGGUAUCAGUUCCAGGGAUGUUAGGCCCAGAGAGGAAAUCUGCUUCAACCAUCUCCAGGUUGUCGGCAGCAGUGAGUUUGCCGCCUUAAUCUUAAAUGCCCUUUUCUGUCCUGUCCCAGUUGUUUGUGUAAAAAUGUGCAGUUGGGUUCCGGAGGGUGCUGGGGAUCAGUUCCCCUGUGGUUUUUCCUGUUUGGAAAACAGUGUCCGGCUUGCCUACGGAUACAGAGUAACCAUUCCUUGACUCCUGCUGUUAGAGGGGUGUAUAAGCCCAUGUUGGUACAAUAAAGAGCUGCUUCCCUGACGAACUGAAA